AUGGCUGAGAAAAGGAGCCAGUCUGACUCUGACCGCAAUGUCAGCAGUUCAAGUGCCCUUGGGGUAGUCUUCAAGAGGAUGGGUUCGAACACAUCAGAAGGAAGAGCCAGAGACAGUGACAAUGCUGGUGUGAAGCCAGCGCUGACUAGUGCAUUGAUCCAAGAAGUGGCAGCCAAGGAAAGAGUUUCUUCCAGCUUGGCAGUGGCAGAUCACAAGAAGAGACGCUACAACAAUAGCAGGAGACAAGCUCUGGCCCAAUCAAAGGCCAAAGGGAGGAAAGGAGUUGCUCAGUCCAGAGCAAACAAGGAGCGUGUACAAGCUCACGUUUCCAAGAAGUGUCUUUGCAGUCUAGAGACAUGUUUCAGCCAGUUUCAAUCCAUUCUGCUUGACCUUCUGGCCUUGCUCUCGCUGUUCAGCGAGCAGUCAAAGGGUGUCCGGGAUUGCAUUUUGCGGAAGUGCAUUGGAGGGCGGAAUGUGUGCGUCAUGGGAUUAAGAAUGUCUCUGGACUGUUUCCGGGCGCUGUUCCAGAUGGGCAAGAUGCAGGCGGAGUCACUGGCGAAACAGGAUUUUCGAGUGGAUGGCCGGUUGAAGGGCAAUCCAAAGAAGCCUCGUUCGAAAGUGCAGGAGAAACAAGUGCGGCUCUAUCUCAUUACGGUCUACAGCCGUCUUGGGGAGACCUUGCCCAAUAAGUUCCAUGGGAAGUGGCAGCGAAGGAGGCGGAGACGCUACAUUGGAGCUGAUGAUGCAACCGAAUCGUCAGAGUCUGAUACACCUCCACCAGCCGAUGACUCCGCUGAAAGAAUUUUAGCUGACAGGACUUUGUUCACACGAUACAUUGACUCUGGUCUUGGAACUGAUCUGGCUGGCCUUCCUGUCCGUUACUUGGCGCCUGGAUCGGUACGGGAUUUGUGGAGAGACAUGAAAGCCACUGGCCAGACUGUAAGCUACUGCUCCUUCGUCAGGACUUGGGAUGCUUUUAAGAAUAUCUUGCGAUUCAGAGCCAAGGGCGACUUCGCUCAAUGCGAUCAAUGUGCAGAGCUGCAGAAAAACAUCAAGAACUCACGAAGGCAAGGGUACAGAUCUUUGGUUGAGAGCACCCAGAGGCUGCAUGUCCACUAUGCCAAUGUGGGGCGUUCCAGAGACAUGGAAGAAAGUCUGAGAACAAUGUUACCCACAGCCCAUGACGGGUCCAUGACUUGCGAAGUCCUGGCACGGUGUUUGGAAAAUUGCCAGGCAACAGCGCGAUCUCGUGGAUUGCAACUGCCGGCCGAACUCGUUGUCCUCACGGACAAUACCGUCCGUGAGAAUAAGUGCCAGACCUUGAUGAUGUUUCUCGCCCAUCUCCAACAGAGGGCCUGCUUUCAGUCCGUGGCCUUUGUCCAGCACAUCAAAGGCCACACGCAUAACAUCUUAGACCAACUUUUUGGUGUCAUUUCACGGGCAUUCCAAUUCUGUGAUUACUUGCCUGACAUUUGGGCAGUGGCGAAGGAGGUGGAGGCAAUUCUUCGCAGACCAACAUUGAAAAGCUUCCUUGGGGCUGCCGAGAUCCAUGUCUCUGUUCUGGAGUCUGUGCGAGACUGGGCAACUUACAUGAAUGGAUUCGGCAUCAGCAUCUCUGGUGGGCUCAAGCUGGAUCUGACGGCCAACCACUGCUUUAUCUGGCUUUGGAGAAAAGAUGUUCCGCGGGAUGACUUGGAGAUUUUACAGCCUCGCACAGCUACUGGAAGGUUGCUGGGCAUUGAGCCUAACGGGCUGGACACCAUCAUGAUCGUCAAGAGAUACUUGUGGGAUACCAACAUAAGCCAGUCCCUUCAAGUCACCAUCCCGCAUGGGUUCCUGGAUCGUUUCUUGCAGCAGUUUGGUCGUGCUCCAACGGCGGUGCGGCCUGCAAAUGAGCCGGCAGAUGCACAAGGCUGGCUGCGGUGUGCCUUGAUUUUGCUGGACAGCCAGGAGGAAAGUCGGGUUGUUAGAUCCAUCCGGUAUUUGCAGGACUUGGCUGCAGGACGCCGGGGGAACAAUGUGAACUUUCCACCACUCACUUGGUUACAUCAAUGCGCUGGAGACCCCGAGCUGUCCAUGACUUUGCGCCGUCCAUGCAAUUUGCCAGUCCUUUUGGUGCCUGGGAUGGAAACCAAUGUGCACAUGAGGGGACAGUGA